AUGCUCGAGUCUCAACCACAGACGUCAACCCUGCUGAGACUCCCCGGCGAGCUCCGCAACCAGAUCUACGAGAGCAUCCUCAUCUUCUCGCGGCCGGUAGUCGUGUACAGAGAGGCCGGAGACGAUGGACCGCCAGAGCCAGCCACCUCGCUGUACUCGCAGCUCACAGCCCUGUUCUUGACAUGUAAGCAAAUCCACUCGGAAGCCGGCCGGUUGUUCUACUCGCGGAACAAGUUCGCCCUUCCCGCCAUCGCCUGCACGGCGCCGCACCAGGUCCAAAUCAACUUCCUGAUGCGCUGGUUCCUGGACCCCAUCGGCCCUCGCAACGCCAGCGCGAUCCAGCAUCUCAGAGUGCCCUUCCCCCUGGACCAGUCAACCGCCAUCAUCCGGUACAUCUUCGACAGGCCACUGCCGCCAAUGGUUGAGACCGAUGAAGAUGACGGCAACCCGGACUGGAAGCUGAUUCCUUUCCUUCAACGCCGUUGCAGCAACCUCAAAACCAUUGAGCUCGACAUCCGAGGAAAUAACAGCUGGGUCCGCCUCUUAACCGGCCUCAAUCCGCGCUCUUUGGCGCCCUUGUUUGACCGCUUAGACGAUGCACUGCGGACUGCUUUUCCCUCGCUCCGGCGCAUCACGGUGUGCACCAAUUCUGGGCUUGAAUCCAUCUUUCGCACGAGGGACUUGGACCCGGACCUGCUGGCUCCGUUGCUCCAGCUUGAAUGGGGACCGCUGAGGAAAAUCCUGGACAAGAGAGGUUGGGACAUGACGUUUACGGAUGUGUGUGGGGAGGACAGCGUCUGUGGCUCUUCUACCGCGGGCUCAAGCAGGGGAGCGCCCUGGGGCCCCAAGAAACCGUACCCCCCGACACAGACGGUUGUGCGACGGCGGUUGAAAUAUGCAACCAAGUUCCUGAGAUCCCCCAGGCGGGCGUUGAGGGGCUGGGAGAUACAGGAGCAGUGGGACGGAGUGGCGGGCUUUCUAGUCGGCUGUAUUUGA